CUGGCCGGCUGCGUGCGGACGGCGUCCCCGGGAGCCGGAGGGGCGGCCGAGGGUCCGCGGGUCCGGUGAGGGACAAUGGCCAAGAACAAACUAAGAGGGCAGAAGUCCAGGAAUGUAUUUCACAUAGCCAGCCAAAAAAACUUCAAGGUUAAAAAUAAAGCAAAACCUGUUACCACUAAUCUUAAGAAGAUAAACAUUGUGAAUGAUGAAAAAGUGAACAGAAUGAAUAAAGCUUUUGUAGAUAUACAAAAGGAACUUGCACAUUUCUCGAGAUGCCUUUCCCUUGAGCCUCUGCAGAAACAGCUGAUUCCUCCGCAAUGCCAGGAAAACGAACCAGUUAAUGUUGACGAAGCUACAAGAUUAAUGGCUCAGUUGUAAUACACUGAUGAUGCAUCCAAUUCCCCAAAAAGACCAAUAAAUUAAAUGUUUUAUACAA